UAAACAAUAGGUAGUUAAAAAGUGUGCAUUAUUGCAGAAAUAGAUUAGCGCCGCCUCGGCUGUUGCCUGUGGAAUGAUCACAUAUUCCAAAGCGUUUUUCGAGAUCUGUGCAAUUGGCCGUAACACAAUUGUAUGCACCGAUCAAGAGUUUCAAGGGUGACUUCAUUAGCUAAUUACAAAAGCUGAUGCUAUGAAAUUCUAGGUUGAAAAUCCAACUUGCAAAAUGGGUUGUAUUAACUCGAAGAAGGAUAUUGAAGAUGUGCAUCCGAAUAAAUUCUACGUUAUUAACAUAGAUAAAACUCCGCCAUGGAGCGGUCAGCUCGAAGUGUCACGAACAGAAUUAACAUUGUACAGAGAAGGAAAAGAACCUACGACAUGGCCAUUACAGUGUAUCAGACGAUACGGAUGGAGCAGUACGCAGUUUUACUUUGAGUCUGGAAGAAGAUGUGCCACGGGAGAAGGUUAUUACAAAUUUAAGUGCAGACGAUCGCAAACAUUGUUCUUCACAGUGCAGUCCUAUCUGCAAGGACGAAUUUACAACGACGAUCCAAACGAUCCGUAUCCGAUCCCGCUGGCUUCCUUUGGACCCUCAAUAGCUGCCAGAAGUGUGUCACAAAACAAUACUGCCACCAGAAGUGGGCAGCAACAAAACGUCACUGGAACUGGCAGUUACAUUAUAAAUCGUACAGGAAUAGCAACUAGUCAAUCGUUGAGUCCUAACGGGACCAUUCAUUCAAACUCAAACCAAAGUCGGAGCACAGAUACACUCCCAAUCGAGGCCAGCUAUUUGGAACCUACCCCUGGUCGUCCAGGAGGGCAGCCUCAAACAAUUACUACACGCUUUCAACAGGGACUACGAUUGAGUUCCGUAAGCAGUGGACCUAUCAGUCCAGAUGUAACCUCGCCAGGAUCACCCAACAGCGUGACAAAUAUUCUAGAAGUCACAACUCUCAAUCCUUUACCCACGAAUAGUGCAUCAAAUAGUACGCAUCAUGGGGUAAGCAAUCUUUACCAAGAGUUUCCCAUGAGAGAUACUACGCUGAUUGGCGGUGUACAUUCCGUAAAUCGCAUGUCUCUAGAUGUAACACCGCAGGAAUCGGCCCCUUGUGUUGAAAACGAAUCGAUUUCCGCUGUUACCAAUCAACAAGAGCUCAAUACACUGCUGCCAGAGCUGCCACAAAACGCAUCAGAAAGUGAUCCUACACGAAUGUACAUGAAUGUGAAUAUUCCAUGUAUGUCAGAAAGUGUUGGACAGACGAAGAGUGUUCAGCCAUCCAGUAAAAGUAUUUCAAGCCUAAUUUCAAUAAACAAUAACACCGGCUCAUUCGAUGAAAACCAGUACCAAAACGUGAGAACACCAACCGCGGUUGGAGCAAGCAUGUUUACACACAUACGCAUGAUUUCAAGUCGUUCAGCCGACCCAGCUCGUUUUUACGAAAACUUGGAACCAGGUGAGCUGAAAUCUGUUUUAUUGCGUGGUCGUUACUCGAAACCAGAUAUAUUUGCCAACGUUGAACUUCCGUUGGAUAAUUCAGAACCGUGCACACCAACUUCAGCAAAUCGAAAAGUGCAUUACAUAGUGCUGGAUUUGGAUCAGUCAAAUUCGUCACACAAUAUUAACGUUUCGGCGCCCGUCACAUCACCAACAGUAGGGGUUGCUCCAACGACAACAAAAAACAAUAACAAUAAUCCAGCUGCCGUGAAUUUAAACAAUCCAAACGAUUCGAUUACCACUGGCACCCCCCAUUCACAGAGUCCAGUAUCUGGUGGCUUACUGCCGCCAGAGAGUCCGAAAAAAGCAGGGUAUGCAACAAUCGAUUUCGACAAAACCUUUGCUCUGAGCAAUUCUACCACACCUUCAUCAGAGCUGGACAGCGAAGGAUCGCGCAAAACACGCCACAAUUCCACCGUAACGCCGCUGACUCGGCAGAGCAACUCAGUUAGUGACUAGAGCGGAGGGAAAGCCGUUCUGCUUUGAUGGAACCGGGUAAGCUCUAUGCUGUAGCUUAACGCAACGUUAUGUAUAAUAGACAAACAGAAUGAGUAUUAUCCUUUGCUAUAAAUUCUAGCAGCAAUUUCGUUUCAGUUUGUUUUUACUGAUUAAGAAACGAUAACUUAGCACAAAGACUUGAGUUAAGCAAGUCAGCAACGAAUAUUUUUUUAUCUACAUGAACUGUUAGCUAACUCUUUGAGUAAGGAUUUUGUGAACAAAGUUUUACGCAACUUUUAUCAUUAACUGUUCAUUGAUUAAUUUUAAGAUACGAUUAGGCUUAACAAGUCAGUUGACGGAUGCCUGAGUCCCGGCUUUUUGUUCACCAAAAAUAGUUUUUUCAAGAUUUCUUCUUGAAAAGAUCUUUUAAUUUAUUAUGUUUUUUUACGCAUUUUUACGCAUAUUAUGGUAACUUUUAACUGUAUUUUAAUAUUCUUUUGUUAAAAGCUGUUACAGCUCAAACACUUCUAAAAAGCUGUUUUGCAGUGAACACGAUAUUUAUGGAUUGGACCAUUUAAAAUAAAAAAAGAAAUAUGUUGUUAGUAAUAAUGUAUUAUCCGUAUUAUCUUGAAUAAUCAAAGGAAAAGUAAAAUGAUUUCUGACAAAAUGGCCGCUUCUAAAAAAUCGACGAAAUCUUGGCUUUAAAUUAUGAAUAGACUAAAACAUUUGUCGGUGAGAAAAACCUUCGAUUUAUCACUAAAAAUAUACCUAAGAUGAGGAUUGUGUUUGAUACUGAACUGUUGAGCCGUUUCCGAGACAUUUUGCUCACCGACUUUAAAAGCAUAAUUUUUAGAAAAAUGCGUUUAAAGUUUUUUAGAAACAGCCUGUCGCAAGACUUCAAAAUAAAACUCGACAUGGUCAGACAAAAAUCGCGAUCGUAACUUCUCGUGCUUACCGGGACGGAUCAGCAAGUAAAUUCUGCAAAACUAAAUUCGAACAAAAUGUGAAUUUAUAAGUUUGUGUGUUAAGUAAAAUCUGAACUGUAGGCCGCAUGCACAUAGAGUUAUUAUCACGUGUGGAAUGAUUCUUUUAUUUACAAUUAGCAAUUAUCUGAGAAGGUUUUUAACCAUAGAACACAGACAUUCGAGCAAUAGACGUCCACUUGGAAAAAAGUUAUAUUAUUCACUUACUGACGCCACACUAAUGCCUCGUUCAAGCGCCCACAUAAACCGUUAUUUCAAAUUUUCAUUUAAAUUGAGACUCUAACAACAAUUGGUACAUGAGUACGCCGUUCACAUAGAAAAAAUCAGAGGGGUUGUGUACAAUACAUGACCACAUAUAUAGGUGACGCAGGACUACGUAAGUCUCUUUGUAGUGAUAGUAGCAUGUAUCCAUGCUUGCAAUCAUUCGAUUCUUCAUGUAUACAUGCUAUAUGCAACAUAUAUACAUCCUACAUGCGUUGUAUGUAACAUUUAUCAAAGUAGUAACAUUGCAUGCGUUCAAUCCUCAAAAGAUUUCAGUGUUAUUUCUAUGUGCAUUUGGAAACAAUUUAACAAAAUCAAGAACACAAACUAUUGCUUUUCUACUACCUUACACAAAAUUAAAGAUUGUUUUUAUUACCCAUGAUUCCCCACGUUGAAGGGAUUUUACCAAUUCAAUCCUAUUUUAUCAACAGCACAUCUUUUCACUACACUUCUAAUGAAACGGCAAGCAUGCGUAUUCAUACAGAGUCAUAUUAUAACC